AUGCUAACGGAAGACAGCCGGGAGGAUAGUCAAGAAAGAGACCAUAAUGAAGAAAAAACGGAAUAUGACGAUUUGCCCAAACAUCUAGACAGCCAAUUCCACACCAUAAGAGAAGAAAUACAAAAUCAAACUAAAGACAUCAAGAUAGACCUCGCCAUUCUUAAUCAAAGGCUGCUGGGUAUGGAAGGAAAAUUAAAGGAAUUGGAACAGAUGGGAAAUACCAAUAAACAAGCACAGAAGGGGUUACAAAAUAGAGGAAUUGGAGGGCAAAUUGACAGAACUGGAGGACUGGAACAACUUGAGAAUUAG